GAGGGAAGGCGCGCGCGGGGGACUGGAGCCGCGGCCAAGUGUGCUGGAGCAGAGGCGCGGCCGGGGCCCAGCCAUGACCCUGCAGGCGAGGGGCUCUCGGCUGCUCGGCGGCCUUCUGCUCUUUGCUCUGUUCGCAGCCGGCGCCGUCCCGCUCAGCUGGGAUCUCCCAGAGCCCCGCAGCCGGGCCAGCAAGAUCCGAGUGCACCCGCGGGGCAACCUCUGGGCCACCGGUCACUUCAUGGGCAAGAAGAGUCUGGAGCCCCCCAGCUCAUCCCUGCUGGGGACAGCUCCCAACAUCUCCCUGAGAGAUCAGAGACUGCAGCUGAGUCAUGAUCUGCUCAGAAUCCUCCUGCAAAAGAAAGCUCUGGGCAUGAGCCUCAGCGGCCCAGCACCUCACACCCAGUACAGGAGGUUGCUGGUGCAAAUGCUGCAGAAGUGAUGCCAUUAAUCAGGAAGAUACGACGACGCCCACCCUGGGAAGGUGCCGAAUGGGACCAUGGUCGUGGCCCCAUCUGGUUGUAAAUCAUGGGCUGAAAACUCUGUUACUCCAUUACUGUGAUUUCUGGUUGGAUUGCCAGGAAUAUUGCCAAUGCAGACACAAAUGUCCUUGCUGUAUUUCUUGCUUCCCUGUUUAAAGUUAUGAAUAAAACCCUCCUCUUUACAUAGA